CAAGCAAAGCAGCAUGUUGGCUGUUUAUUUCACUACUGCCAGGCACUCAUGAGGAAAUUCAAAAAAUUCAAUCUAUUACAGUUGUGUAAAGAAUGGAUUCCAGGGCAAAUUAUGAUACGUAAAUUUAUGGCUCUAGCCUUAUUGCCACAUCAAGAUAUUCCUGCAGGCUUCGAUUGGCUCGUCACGAAUUCACCUGCUGAUAUUAGAAGAAUAUUUGAUCCUUUUAUAGCGUAUUAUAGACGUCAGUGGUUAAUUAGAGAAACUCCAGCUAGAUACAGUGUGUAUAAUGAAAAACAUCGAUCAAAUAAUUAUUCCGAGGCGAGCAAUCGGCGAAAUAAACUUCGGUUUGGAAUUCACCCAUCUAUAUGGACAUUUACAGAAAAAUUGCGAGAUUUACAAGCAGUAACACAUUUAGAACUUCUAUCAUUGUUCCGUGGUGAACCAGUCAUCCGCGAGCCUCGUAGCCAAACAUUAAAAAGAGAUGAGGAUAUUAACAAUGCUUGGAUAUUAUACGAACAAAAUAUUUUAAAUAUUCAAUCUUUCCUAGCUUAUGCUAGUUUUUUUCUGAAGCCCGCGUAUCAAGAAGAAGAGCAGAACCUUAAUAAUAUGGAUAUCGUGACUGAUGAAGAGGAGGAUGUAUUAGAAGUAGGAGGCGUGAUUCUACAGCCACCAGAAUACUAUUAUGCAAUGGAAGUUUUUCAUGAAAUUGAUGUAGUGUUUGAAUAGUAGAGAAUCGUAUGAAAAUCUAACUAUUGCAUUGGUCUUCAUGACGAAACUUUUGAAAAAUUUGGAUAUAU